UUUUUUGUACUGUGUUCUAAGUGAGUGUUACUGUUUGUAACUUUGAAUGUAGUUGCAUGAUUUUGAUAUGUGUGUUGCAAAAAAUGAAGAAGCACUCAGGAUUGAACCACACUUUGCCGAGUGUUAUGGUAACAUGGCUAAUGCAUGGAAGGAAAAAGGAAACAUUGACCUUGCAAUUCGCUACUACUUGAUUGCUAUAGAGCUUCGUCCGAAUUUUGCUGAUGCAUGGUCAAACCUAGCUAGUGCAUACAUGCGUAAAGGAAGACUCACGGAAGCAGCUCAGUGCUGUCGGCAAGCACUUGCUAUAAAUCCUCUAAUGGUUGAUGCCCAUAGCAACCUGGGGAAUCUAAUGAAAGCCCAAGGGUUGGUGCAAGAUGCAUACAGCUGUUACCUUGAGGCAUUACGCAUUCAGCCAACUUUUGCUAUCGCAUGGUCAAAUCUUGCUGGCUUAUUCAUGGAGUCUGGCGAUCUCAACAGAGCCCUUCAGUAUUACAAGGAAGCAGUGAAACUCAAACCUUCCUUCCCUGAUGCAUAUCUGAACCUUGGAAAUGUGUACAAGGCUCUAGGGAUGCCUCAAGAAGCUAUUGCCUGUUAUCAACAAGCUCUUCAGGCACGGCCAAACUAUGGCAUGGCUUACGGGAAUCUGGCUAGUAUAUUUUACGAGCAAGGUCAACUAGACAUGGCGAUUCUACACUAUAAGCAAGCUGUUGCAUGUGACCCCAGAUUUUUGGAGGCUUACAAUAAUUUGGGUAAUGCGCUAAAAGAUGUUGGCAGAGUGGAGGAAGCAAUUCAGUGUUACAAUCAAUGCCUUCAAUUACAGCCCAACCAUCCACAAGCAUUGACCAAUCUUGGAAAUAUAUACAUGGAAUGGAACAUGGUGUCUGCUGCUGCUCAAUAUUACAAGGCUACACUGAGUGUAACCACUGGAUUGUCUGCUCCUUAUAACAACCUUGCUAUAAUCUAUAAGCAGCAGGGAAGUUAUGCUGAUGCCAUAUCUUGCUACAAUGAAGUCCUACGCAUUGAUCCCUUGGCAGCUGAUGGGCUUGUAAAUAGGGGAAAUACGUACAAGGAGAUUGGCAGAGUUAGUGAAGCCAUCCAGGAUUAUAUACGUGCAAUUGCUGUCAGGCCUACUAUGGCUGAAGCCCAUGCAAAUUUGGCGUCAGCCUAUAAAGAUAGUGGACAUGUAGAGGCUGCUAUAAAGAGCUAUAGGCAGGCGUUGAUUCUCCGUCAGGACUUUCCCGAAGCAACUUGCAAUCUCCUACAUACACUUCAGUGUGUCUGCAGUUGGGAGGAUCGUGAUCAAAUGUUUGCUGAAGUUGAAGGGAUAAUCAGGAGGCAGAUUAAUAUGUCAGUUCUUCCUAGUGUUCAGCCAUUCCAUGCAAUUGCAUAUCCACUUGACCCAUUGCUAGCUCUGGAAAUCAGCCGUAAAUAUGCUGCACACUGUUCCUUGGUUGCGUCUCGGCUUGCUCUGCCUCCGUUCAACCAUCCUGCUCCUAUCCCAAUUAAACGGGAGGGAGGAUAUGAGAGGCUAAGGAUUGGGUAUGUUAGCAGUGACUUUGGUAAUCAUCCCCUGUCUCAUCUCAUGGGAUCUGUUUUUGGUAUGCACAACAGGAAAAAUGUUGAGGUGUUCUGUUAUGCCUUGAGUCCUAAUGACGGUACAGAAUGGAGGCAGCGUAUUCAAUCUGAAGCAGAGCACUUUCUGGAUGUAUCUGCUAUGUCAUCAGAUAUGAUAGCAAAAAUGAUCAACGAGAGUAAAAUACAAGUUCUGGUUAACCUUAAUGGUUAUACGAAGGGUGCUAGAAAUGAGAUAUUUGCUAUGCAACCUGCACCAAUUCAAGUUUCAUAUAUGGGAUUCCCUGGAACAACAGGCGCUACUUACAUAGAUUACGUAGUCACUGAUGAGUUUGUUUCACCGCUACAGUAUGCACAUAUUUAUUCUGAAAAGAUUGUCCAUCUCCCCCAUUGCUACUUUGUAAAUGAUUAUAAGCAGAAAAACCUGGAUGUGCUGGAUCCAAACAGUCCACACAAACGAUCAGAUUAUGGGCUACCUGAGGAUAAAUUUAUAUUUGCAUGCUUUAAUCAACUUUACAAGAUGGAUCCCGAGAUAUUCACUACAUGGUGCAAUAUUCUUAAGCGUGUACCGAACAGUGCACUUUGGCUCCUAAGAUUUCCUGCAGCAGGAGAAAUGAGAUUGAGGCAAUAUGCUGCUGCACAAGGGGUACAACCAGAUCAGAUUAUUUUCACAGAUGUGGCAAUGAAGAAUGAACACAUCAGGCGAAGUUCUUUAGCUGACUUAUUCCUCGACACGCCAUUAUGCAAUGCACACACAACUGGAACUGAUAUAUUAUGGGCGGGUCUACCAAUGGUGACUCUUCCUCUUGAGAAAAUGGCUACUAGGGUUGCUGGGUCACUCUGUCUUGCAACUGGAAUGGGUGAAGAGAUGAUUGUUAGCAGCUUGAAAGAAUAUGAAGACAGGGCAGUAUCUCUUGCCCUUAAUCGCCCAAAACUACAAGCUCUUACUAACAAGCUCAAAGCUGUACGCAUGACCUGCCCUCUGUUUGAUACGGCACGCUGGGUGAGGAAUCUCGAUAGAGCAUAUUUCAAAAUGUGGAAUCUGCAUUGCGGUGGUCAACGCCCCCAGCAUUUCAAGAUCACCGAAAAUGAUCUCGAAUGUCCUUAUGAUAAAUAGGUAUAGGAAUUAGACGGGAAUGUAGAUAGGAAAGAUCAAAGAGAAAAGCAGCAAGUAAUUUCGGGUGUGCUGGUGCGUUAUACACUAAUACUGUGUCAAUGGUGUAUCUGACAAAUACCUCGGAUUAAGAAAAAUGUGAUGUAUUUUUAUUUAACGAAACACAAAUGUUUGUGUGCUUCAAUGAGUUCUGAAGUGAAGAUCUGGCGUUGAACCACGGUGAGAUUGCCGUAUCAUUCAGAUUUACGUAAUGAAAGGUUGGUUGUAAUGUUUGCUAA